GUAGUCUAAUUUUUUGCUGUUGAUGGUGGCCAGUCUGCUAGCGAGAGUAUUUUGUGUCUUCUCUUUGUGUCUUCUCUUCACAACAAGUUGUAUUGGGCCGAACUACUACGAAUGCAGUUUAACCGGUGUCUCGCGAUGCACGCUAAACUACGCAGUUGAUUGUUUACUCAUAUUUUAUUGUACGGUGCAUAAUAAUUUAUGGAAAAUUGUUUUUGGCGUGUUUGUGUUCUUUGUGUGUAUUGAAUAUUGAUGUAGAUAAAGAUGGCAUCUACCGGUUUGGUGGAAUCUGCGUUGUGCCCACAAGUUCUUACAACGGAAGAAUAUGAAUCCAUAAGCGACAAUGUUAGAUGUAAAAUUGAAGCAUUUGUUAAAAACCUGAGUGAAGAUCGAAUUGUUUCUAAAGCUCUCCUUGAAACCACAAGAUCGAAUUCAGGGAAAAACGAAUGGAAGGAGAAAGAGAGCGAACUUCUAGAGAAAUUGAAAGUUUGACUACUGAGGUUAAUAGAUUAACAGAAGAGAUUAUGAACACGCGCAGAGAAAAUACUACAAGGCGGUUGACAUUAGAAGCACAACUUAAUGAAAAAACAGAAGAACUUAAAAUUUCUCAACAAACACUGGAUGGCUUGCAGCAAUCCAAUAUUCUUUUGGAAGAGAAAUUGGAAGAUUCUUUGCGUAAAUUGAUGGCGGAGCAUGAAACUAUAAACAAGUUGCAAAAAACCUUUGAAGAAGAACUGAUGCAGCAAACAAAGUUAGCAGAAUUAUAUAAAGGGAUGAAUGAAGAUGCAACAUCAAAAUCUGAGAAAUUGGAAAGUGGAAUUAGAGAACUACAAGAUCUUCUUCGAUCAGCGGCUGAGGAAAGUGAAAAAACAGAAGUUAAAAUCAGAAUGCUAGAAGAAGAUCAUGAAAGAAAGCUUGCUGAAAAAGAUGAAUGUAUUGAGAACCUUAGAAAGGAAUUAAAGUCUGCCAAUGAUUUAGUAGAUGUGGUUCGUGAAGAUAAGAAAAUGGAGAUGAUAGAAGAAUUAUCUCCUGCUGCUGCUAAUAUAAUUCAUUUAUUUAAUUCGCGAAUGACUCUCACACAAAUCUACAUGGAAAUGAAAAAUAUGUCCCAGGAAUUAAUUAAAGAAAAGCAAGAGAACAAACGUUUGAAUGAUUAUCUUGAUGAUAUUGUUCAGCAAAUUGAGAAAAAGGCUCCUGAAUUGCAAAAACUUCGUGAUGAUCAUUCAUCUUUAUUGAGUGACAGAGAGCAGUUAUGUGCUACUUUAGAUAUAAUAGCCAAAGAAACUGAAGCGUUGAAUGAAGAAAUAAAAGAUGUGAAGAAGUUAAAAGACCAGCUUGAGAGAGAAAAUGAGCGAUUGAAGAAGGAACUGGUUGAUUUAAGCACACAGGUUUGCUUCCUUUUAAAAGAAAACCAAGAAAUUAGAGCAAAUCAACAGUGUGUUAGAGUGAAAUCUGAGAACCAAAUAGAUGACAUUCCUGAGAUUAUAUCAGCAUCUGAGGUCAUUUCAAAACAUCUUGUCACAUUCAGCAAUAUACAGGAAUUACAAAGUACCAACAAAAAACUUCUAAGUCUUGUCAGAGAAUUAAGUGAAAAGGCAGAAAAGGAGGAAAUGCAAGUUGAAGGGAAGGAAUCCUAUGAGGAGAUUAAGACCUUGUUAGAAAUUCGUACAAAGGAGUUGGAUGAAACCAAAGAGAGACUCAGCAGGUACUCAAAAAUGAUGGAAAAAGCAAUGCAACAGAUGGAGUACUUCAAAAACAAAAUACAUCGAGAGGGAAGUAUUACCGAUUCCAGAAUUGAAGAGGACACAUCCAAUACAAAAAGCCCAGAAAAACUUGGCUUAAUAUCUAAUUCUUCUGCAGCAUCUUGUGAUAUACAUGAAGAAGAAAUAAAGGAGCUCACAGAAAAGUUCAGAAAGUCUGAGAAAGAUUUGCAGGAGCUGCAAGAAGAAUUCGAUAUGUAUCGAACAGAACGUCAAACAAACGAGUGUGCUCUCACAGAACAAGUUGAUGCAAUGCGAGAAGAAUUGCGAAACCUACGUAUGAAUUGCAGUAAAAUGACUUCUCAAUUGGAGUACAGUGAAGAAAGAUUCAAAAUAAUGCAAGCAAAUUGCAAUACAUAUAAAACACAGAUAGCCGCUUUAGAAGGCAAAAAUAAGAAUUACAGUAAUACUAUAGUUAAACAAGAACAGACUCUGGCCUUUUUGCAAGAUGAAUUAUUCAAUACUCAGAACAAACUCUCCAAGUCUGAAGUAUCUUGUGAAAAUUAUAAACGUGAUCUUUCUAUCUUAAGAGAGACGGAAGCACGAUUAGUACGGGAACGAGAGAUCUUUCAACGUGAACAACAUACUCAAUCUGCUGUUCUUGCAAAUUUGGAUACACUUCGGGUCAGCUUGGAACGAACUGAAGUGGAAAGUCGAGCUCGUUUGGAAUCCCGUUUAGACGAAUCUUUGAGAGAGUGUGGGGCACUAAGACGUCGACUUCAGGAGGAGCAAGAUAGGUUUAGGGAAUUAUCAAAUCAUCUUGAACGACAAAUGGAAACUGCCAAAUCCCGUGUUGAAGAAGAGAAGCAACUCGCAACACGUUAUAAAGAAGAACUUGAUGCAGCCAAGGAUGAGCUUACUAAAGCAAAAUGUGUUGUGGAUGAUCUUAAUAAGAGAGUUGGUGACAAAGAACCAACAAUCUUGAGAGUAGAGAAAAAGGAUGUUGAAGUAACUACAUUAGAAAAACAAGCAAGAGAGUUGCAGGCCAAGAUAAGAUGUUUGGAAAUUGAUCUAAAUGGAACACAAGAACAGUUGACAGUUGAGAAAGAGCACAGCAAGCAAUUUGCAGAAGUGUCAGAGAGCCUGGAAGUGAAAUUGUCUGAAAUAGCAGAGGAAUAUAACAAUUAUAAGAUCACUGCUGAAAAGAGAAUUGCUGAAUUUAUGCAAACAGAGGAGGAGCAUAUGAAAAAAGUGUCUGCUCUUGAAAGCAGAUUGAGUUCCCUUCAAACUGGAUCCAAUCAAUCAUCAGCACAAUUGAGUAUCCAGUUACAGAAGACACAAGAAGACCUCCGUAUUGCUCAAGAGGAAUUGGACAAAGCAAAGCAUGAUUUAACUAAUGCAAGGGUGGAAGUUGCUUCUCUUUCAGCAACAGCCCAAUCAGCAGAAGACAAGUAUGCCCAUGAAAUAGUCAUGCAUUCUACAGACUUACAGACCUUGCUUACUGUGAAGAAAGAGCUAGCUGAGGUGUCUGCAGAAGUAAAAGAAUUGCGAGGUGCAAAAGCAAAUGCUGAACAAGCUUUGGAGCAAGGGAAAGAAAGUUGGGAGGAGAGAGAAUCUAAGUUGCUAGAAGAGUUGACCGAAACUCAGAAGCGAAUCACAGAUUUGGAUUCUCAUAAUGCCAAACUGCAUGAGCAAUUAGAAGAAUUAAGUUCAAAAGUUGCCAUUAUUCAAGCUCAGGGAGUUCAGCCUUCCCCUAAUACAAGCUUCUCAGAGGAUCCUGGAAACAAGUGUGUAAAUACAUCUUUCUCUGAAGAUGAGAUCAAAUCAACUGAUCAGUUAAUGCAGAUAAUAAAGUAUCUCCGAAAAGAGAAAAAUGUAGCAAUUAAUAGGUAUGAUGUUCUAAGAGCUGAAAAUAUGAGACUCAGUUCCCAGUUGGAAUGCAUUAAGAAGCAGUUAGAUGAUGCUAAGAAUGCCCUUAAUGCAGAAAAAGAGAAGUCUGAUGUAACUGUGCUUACUACAUCAAAACAUUCUGAACUUCUGAGAAAGCUAGAAACACUAAGUGCCAUUACUGACAGUAAUAGGAUGUUACGCAGUGAACGAGAUGGCUUACAAGCUCAAGUGAAAGAAUUGCAACUUAGAGUAGACAGUCUAGAACAGGAACUAGGCCCAAUGCGGGAACAGAAUAGGGAUUUGACAGCUCGAGUUGAUGCAUUAGAUGCUGAGAACUUAGCACUUCGCAAUGAAGCUGGCCGCUUACGCCAACGUGUUAACUUCCUCAUCGAACGGUCUAGUAAAACAAGUCCUGAAGACUGGCGAAGACUUCAACAAGAAAGAGAGUCACUUGCUCGCCAAGUCUCGGCUGAUCGAGAAGCAUUGCAGCGCAAAGAUGAAGAAGCAAGAGUGUUGCGUCAGGAGAAGGCUCGCCUGGAGGAACAGGGCAACACAGUUUUGUCGAUGGCCAACUGUUUUACCAAAGAAAUGGUCGACUGACCUGAAUGGAUCAUUCUGGGCUGAUUGCUUACUGUAUGAAGUCUCUUAGUCCAAGCGUUCAUGUAUUACCACAUAAAAAGUUUGUUUUGUCAGAUUUUUAUAGAAAGUUAUUAAAGAACUCUCUUAAAAUUUAUUUAAAAAACCUUUCUUUGCAGAUCCGCAAGAUUGCAAAGAAAUAUAAAACUCAGUGGGAGGAACUGACUAAAACAUCUGAGGAAGAUAAAAAGAAAAUUGAAGAACUUAACAAAUCUCUCUCAGACGCCAAUGCUGCAGCCAGCAGUGCUGCUGCAGAAAUUACACAAGAGACUCAGGAACAACUGCGUGAGGAAGGUCGACGUGAAGUGGAGAUGAGAAUAGCUGAAGCAGAAAAUCGACACUCUGAUCGUGUCAAGGAACUGGUUGGGCAGGUUACAAGCUCGCAUGAGGAAGCUGAAACCUUGCGCAAGGAAAAUGAUUCUCUGAGAAAUUCAGCUAAUGAAAAGGAGGAGCGAGCAAAACAAGUUCUUAAAAAUGCUCGUCAAAAGAUAAUGCAGUUGACGGAAUCAAGAAGUGCUUUGAUGGUGGAGCUUGAAGAGACCAAAAGUAGACUGCAGCUUGCUGAACAGGGAAAAGAAGAAGACUCGGUGCGCCUGAGUGCUCUGAAGUCACAGUAUGAAAACCGUAUUACUCAUAUGGAGAAGGAAAAUGCAGACUUGAGAGCUGAGAAGCAGCAUGAAAUGGAAGCUUUGAAUCAAAGAAUAAGUCAAUUGCAAAGACAAUUGGAGAAAUUCCAAGGCUCAAAGCCAUCCACCAGUUCAGGGGGUGGAGAUAAAGCUGGUGGGGAGCCACCAACAGCCAAUAUUAAACCAAUGGCAGGUCCAUCUUCAACAGGUGUGAAACAGACUCAGUCCCAGCAAUCUGUAACUGUUACACCAUGGGCUGGAAGGGGGGAUACUCCAUUUGCCAGUAUCAGACCGAUGUCCAUGCAGUCCAGGACAGCAGCUGUCCUUCCUACAAGUCAGUCUGCCAGCAGUACCUUGAGUCCUGCUACACCAGUGUUGGUCCCACCUCAGCAACAAUUGGUUCAUACCACUGGUUCCAGCAGCGGUAGUGGUCCUGAAGGGUUGUCAUCAUCACCAACUUCAUCUCAUACUGAUUACAUUCCCACACCUGCCACUAGUUCAGCUAGCAGUGGUUCUUCUGUAGUACGCCAGGUCGCUGUCCCACCAACAGUGACAACAGUUACUCCUAGUUCACGUGAGGAGCCUCCUCAGACAGCACAGAAUGUGGCUGAGUCAACACAGGAUAUGGAAGCAGAGCCAGCAGUUACUGAUGCUACACCACAGACUGGCACUUCUCCCCAACAGCAGCAACAACAGCAACUCAGGCAACAACCUGACCAUGUCUCCCAACACAAGGUGGAACCCCAGCUGCAACAGCAGCAAGUUCAGCAACCACCUCAGCCAACACAGCAGCCGCAACCUCCUCAGCAACAGCCACCUCAGGCGCUGCCACAGAGUCAACCCACUGCUGGAACAUCCCAGCAGUUGACUCAGGCCUUAGCACCAUCUGCCCCUCAGCAGGGCCAGGGUAAAAGAUCUCGAUUAGCUGGACAGCAGGACAUGUUUCCAGCAUCUUCUGAUUCAGUGCUUGAAGUUGAAUAUCAGGUACCAACAUCAUCCCAACGAGACCAGGAAGAUGAAAUGGUUGAUUCUGAAGAAGAUGAAGAAGGCAUUGCUGAUGAAGGGGUAAUUGAAGAACCAGAUGCUGGCCAUGAAUUUGAAGAUGAGGAUAAUGAAGAUGGGUAUGCAGUACAAGGGUACAGGGAUGAUCAGGAUUUGACAAGUUUUGAAGAGGUGGAAGGGCCAGAUAUUGACGAAGAGAAUCCUGCCGACCAGGAAAACAACGAAGCCGAAAUCAUGGAUGAUAGCAAUGAAGUUCCCAAUCAGUCAGGCACUGACAGUCCAGCAAGGCCAGCAGGAGAACCUACUUCACGCCCACCCACUGCACCUCAGCAACAUGCGGAGGCCAGUAGUAGUGGCACCAGCACUGGUGGUGGAACUGAAGUAGGCAGUGCCUGUGCAACUGGUGUGGGUACCAGCCGGGUUGCUUCGUCUGUGAUGGGCUUCGGACGUGGUCCUGCUCGCAGUGUACCGCCCUUGUCCCGACAACAGCAGCAGAACCAGAUUUUAUUGGGAUAUGAAGAAUCAGGUGACGAUAGCAUAGUACCAAGUACACCCACAUUAUUUGUGCCAAGGCGAUCAGAUGGUUUUGGGGAAGCCGUAAGUUCCCCCCAAGUACCGCAAACCAGGUUUACAUUUUCUGAUGCAAACCCACCAGCUACACGCACUGUGUCUCAAGGAACAUCGGAAAAUAUGGAUGACAAUCGCAUGGAUCUCAACCAGUUGGAAGAAGCUGGUACAGGUCGAAGUGUACCUACCACCCCACCUCAGGUCUCUCCCCAAGAAUAUGAUGAAAGCACAGAACAACGCGAUACGUCAACUGAACAGGAACAGGAAGAGAAUCUGGAAUUAGCUGAUGAGGGUGGGGAUGGUGUGAGCUCGGAGGGGGAGAAAUCUCAGCCUUUGGAGGAUGUUGAAGAGGGUCGGGAAGCUGAGGCUACAGAGGCGGGAGAAGCACAGGAUUCUCCACGGCGUGUCACACGCGCAGCCAAUAUUGCUCGGCGAUCAGCCCGGGCCCCUUACCGAAACCAGCGGGGGCGUGGCAGUAUGCGUCCUACUCCCAUUGUUUGGAAUGAGCCAGGCUCCAGCAUGGGGUCUCAGCUUCCUAGAGGGCGAGCAAUAAUGAUGCGUGGUAGCCCAAAUGACCCUAUGAGAGGAAACUUCACAAGGGGGAAUCCACGAAACAGGAGGCCAAGAGGAAAACCAAAAGGAAAUUUUAACCCUCCAUAUCAAAUGAGGUUUUGAAAUGUUUUUAUAGAUUUAGUGGAACAUUCCUUUUGUAUUCUUGUUGUUGCAAGGUCCUUGUGUGAUUUGUGUAUUGUUAUAUUUUGUGUUGACGGUAACAAGUGUUUGUUCUAAAUGUAUUUCGACAAAUAAGAUGAACCCCGAAAAGUGAUUACAUCCUUUAUAGUGUGUUCAUUUCCUCACAUGGAUGAAAUUCACUAAAAUAAAAUCUGAGAAAAGUUUCAUGUCGUUUGAUGGACAGACUAUCCUUCUCUUUCAUCCUUUUAAGCGUUAGUGUAUUUGAUUUCAAGGUAAGUUAUUAGGAGUUAACUGAUGCAUGUGGUCAAAGAUACUUGGAGAGAAAGGGAGCAUUUAUUACGAUUACUACUUUAUUGGUGAAGUGCCAAGUCAAGUUGUAUUGUUAUUGAAAGGAAUUCAUAAUACCCUUAUGCCAUGUGGUUGUUUACUACUCUGACAUAAUCAGUGAGGAGGAUCAGCGUUUUGUUAAUCCACCACUCUGCCUGACAUCAUCUGAAUGAAGAGAAAAAAAGUUAAGAUUAAUAAGUUAGCUCUUAAUUGUUCUUAUAAGUACAAUAGGAAAUGUUAUGUAAUGCCGCGAAAAAUCAAUGUUGAGAUUUUGACAGAAAUACACAAUUUGAGAUACAAAAAGAAAAAAAAAUUUGAAGCAUGCCUAUUGUUCUUUCCAACUAUCUGUGUAUGAACAGCUCUAACCACUGAACCAUAUGUUGAAUUUUCCCCAAAAUGAAUAAUCCUUGAUCGAUGUGAGAAUCUCAAGGUCUUGCAAUUUUGAAAUGGGUCUAAAAAUUUUUGGGGGUACUGUUAUAUGAAGUCUGUAAGACAUCCAAAGCCAUCUUCUUUAAGUGUUUUGGUUUAAUAAAGGAUAUCUGUUAAGGUAAAACUUCACUUUUC